AUGUUCUUCAAUAUACUCACAUGCCUCGCAUGCACACUCCUCUCUCUUGUGAUUUCUUCUUCGGCAUUCGUUUCUCGCAGUACCCCUAGUGCCGGCGAGGAAUUCUCUCUCUAUGCGUACGGAGAUUCGGUUGGAGGGCUUCCCCUAUUCUAUUCUGACGGUAAAGCCGCAGUCGGGAUUUUGUCCAGUUCUAACUCUUCGGCUUCGAAUGUAACCUUCGAACGCACAUCGGACUCCUCCACCGGCUCGUUAGUCGGAAAUCCACCAAAUGGAACCAGUGCCUCCUCCGCCAACUCCAGUUGGUCUGAUCAAUUUCUAUACAUCCCUAGCUCAUCAUCAUCCUCCAACGAAAUCGGCUUCACUUCCGAAUCUGGAGAUAAUGCUACUACUACCAAGUUCGUCUUCUACGGUCAAACGCUGUUGGUAAAAGACGAAUCUGGAGAUAUUGUUUCUAGUUUUUAUGCCCGUCAGUCGUCGUCUGAGGGGGGUGGUGUUUAUUCCUUGCUGUGGAAUGUGACUGAGGAUCAUGAUGCCGUUUUCCCGGUUUCAUUGCGCACUGUUGCGGCUUCGAAUGCCUAG